CAAUAUCUUUCAGAUAUAUUUUUAACAAGCUCCUUUGUGUCUUUUCACAUCUUAAAAAGUGUCAAAAUAUUAAUGUACGGAAAGAAAAUAGUUCGUCAAAUUUACAUAUAAAAGGAAGUUGAUGCUACAAAAACUCUUAAACAAAUGUGUCACGUGACCGUUGAAAACAAAACUAUUAGUGUAUACAUAUAGAUAUGUACAUCGUUUUCUGUAUAAUACAAGACACACGACCAAAAUCAAAAUGGCUACUAUGGAAAGAUUUGUGUUUGUUGUGGGGAUAAUACUUCUUGCAGGUGUUCGCCUUUGUACGGCACAGGAGCCAAAUUGCGGAUCAAACUUUGGUUGUAAUUAUGAAAUUCUCCAAAAGAUAUUACUGUUGGAACAAGAGAUCACUGAUCUUAAAAUAGACAACAGACGACAACAAAAAAUUAUCGAUAGAAUGGACGUAGACGAUCGCGGAUCUACUUAUGUAAGAUGGGGAAGAAACGUUUGCCCGGAUGAUGCCUCCUUGAUAUAUAAAGGCUUUGUUGGAGGGAAAUACUACAAUGAAGCCGGAAGCGGAAGUGAUUCCAUAUGUUUACCCGAAGACCCCACGUGGUCUAAUUACACCGAUGGUGAUGCUAAAUGUUGUCGCGGACGUAUAUACGGAUCAGAAUUUCAUAUUGAGGAGCCAAAUGGCAUUUUCCCGUACGGAAUUCAUUCGCAAGACGCACCGUGUGCAGUUUGCGAGUCCAAAAAGUCUACAAUAUUAAUGAUUCCGGCACGUUCUAACUGUUAUCCGGGCUGGAAACUUGAAUAUUCAGGAUAUUUAAUGGCUAACUACAAAGGUCAUGCAGGACCGCAUAAUCAUAUUUGCGUCGACAAUCAUCCUGAAUUUAUCUUAAAUGGAGGUGCAUAUAAUCUUCAGCAUAUUUUGUAUCUCAUGGAAGCGCAAUGUGGUUCAUUACCAUGCCCACCAUAUGUGCAAGGACGUGAACUGGCAUGUGUUGUUUGCUCAAAGUAAUAGAAAUAUCAAGCUGGCAUCACUGACAUUUUGUAAGAAACGAGCAAACAUUCUUGUAUAUUUCAUGUAAUAUUCAAGACAAUAAUUAUAUUACUGGGCAAAGUUUCUCUUUUUUAGUUUUCCCAAAAACAGACUAUUAAGUAUGGCCAUUUAGCUUGGGUGCAGGCGUGUUCUGUCUAUUAACUUGAAAAAUAACCAUUAAAUAGGACUUCAAGAGCAAGACCGCAGCCGGUCGUGUACCCUCCGUUAUGAUAUCCGGUGGUACCUAGAUGAAAUGUCUUUCUGUGGUUCUGUUUACGAGUUUCUUAAUUGUGUUUGUUUGUUUAUCUUUUAAUAAGACUAAAAUGCUAUCAUCUAUAUGUUUCAAAAGCUUUUUCUUUUUUGUUUCUAGUUACAGUUGCCUGAUAGAAAUUAUUCGUGAGCCAUAUUUUUUUGUAAUAAAUGCAUAAAUAAAUAAUUCUAUUUUUAAAA